ACACGUACUUAUAGAUGGGAACAAAUCGUCAGAAUAUAUCAGUAAAUUUUUUGAUGAGAUCGAAGAAGAAAUAGAUGAUUCCCCCUGUUCACCAGCGUUCCACAAAUGGCUGCCGGUGAUGCUCAUAUGUUUGAUGGUGUUUGGAAUUUUAUUCAAUGGUUUUAUCUUGCUGACGUUUAUUCAGUUACCAAGGAUACGCAGUUUUACCAAUUAUUUUGUCGCAAGUUUGACUGUAGCUGAUAUUCUUAUGGUUAUUCUUAAUCCAAUUCUAUUCCUUCUAUUACUUUACGAAAAUAUCGAGUAUGAAAUUGGCGACAUUCUUCGUUUUCACUCCGAAAUAUUUUGUUCAAUGGCAUCACUGAUCAGUUUUGCUUGCAUCAGUGUGGACAGAAUGCUGGCCAUUGCAAAGCCACUGUACCACCGUACUUUACCACGAUCACGUUGUAUAAAGAUUAUUGUCUUAAUAUGGAUCUUUUCUGUAAUUGCGACUCUUCUAGACUAUUUUGUAAGUGAAAACGAUGUAGUGGAUGGUUUUAUCGUCACUUAUUGUAAUUUUUGCAUUGCGUUUGCCAUCCCAACAUUAAUUACCAUAAUUUCGUAUGUUAUCAUUGCAAGAGUUGUCAUUUGUAGACGAAGGAGAACUUUCCCGGAAACAGAUCAGAGCGGUAGCACUCGAAUGAAACACACCAUCAGGAUAGCAUGGAAAAUAUUGUUGGUAAUCUUACCUGGUAUUGUCAUGUGGUGCGUUUACUGGGUCCCAGUGUUUAUUGAAUCUACUGAUGAAGAAGAAGAUAAAUUUUCUAUUUCUUUCCUAGAAAUAAGAAGUUUACUUCCAAUCUUUGCUGCUGUUGUGAAUCCACUGAUAUUUAUUCUACUUACACCAGAAUUUCGAAAACAUCUAUUGAAGUUAAUUUGUUGCCGAAGUCGAACUGAUUUGGGUAGAAUGACUAAUACGAUCCGUCCUACCCAAAUGAGAGCUACAACGUUGUCAGUAUGA